AUGAGUGAGCAGUUUGUCGCGGCACUGAAGAAUCGUGUCGCGGACAACCAGUACAUAUCGCAUAUCAAGGUGCGUGAGUAUGCAGAUAAUGCAUCAGGCGCGCCAGCGCAGAAGAGCGCGUACAAGACCCGGUACAUCAUACUUGGGCAGAGCCCUAGUCAGCAGCGUGCAUAUGUGUACAAGGCACGGCGAAAUGCGAAUGGGACAUUAAGUCUCGGGAAAGAAUGGGAUGCGACACAAGUGCGCUCCAUGUGCCGCGAAAGAUCUAUGUUGCUUGUUACCUUUUCCAUCACACAUCGCUGGGAAGUCGAUACGUCACAAGAUCCCGUGCCAUUUUUGAAUCAUCUCGCAUCUAUUGUUAUUCGAGCGCAGGGAACGCUCCCGAAGAUGAGCGGAUGGUCAUAUGCAUAG